AUGGAGGCCCAGAACAAGGCGGCGGCUGCUCUGGUGAAGAAGAUCGCCGGCCUCCACCUUGCCAUCUCGAAGCUGCCGUCGCUGAGCCCGUCUCCGGAGGCCGAUGCCCUGUUCACCGCCCUCGUGGCCACGUGCGUCCCGCCGAUCCCCGUCGACGUAGCCACGCUGGGCGCCAAGGCCCGGAGAAUGCGGGGCGAGCUCGUCCGGCUCUGCGCCGACGCGGAGGCGCGCCUCGAGGCGCACUGCUCCGACGCGCUCGCCGCGCUCGACCACCCGCUCCGCCACCUGAGGCUCUUCCCGUACUACGAAAACUACGUAGCCCUGACCGAUCUGGAGCACACGCUCCUUGCCCGUCACGCGCCGGACCGCCUCGCCGCGCCCGCGCGCGUCGCGUUCGUCGGGUCGGGCUCGCUACCGCUCAGCUCGCUCCUGCUCGCCGCGCGAGCGCGACACAUGCCGGGCGCCGUCGUCGACAGCUUCGACCGGUGCGGCGACGCCAACGACCGCGCCCGGAGGCUGUUGCUUCGCGGCGACGACGGCGGCGUGGCCACGCGCAUGUCGUUCCGCACGGCCGACGUGGAGGGCCUCACGCACGAGCUGGCCGCGUACGACGUGGUCUUCCUGGCGGCGAGCGUGGGCGUGGCGGCGGCCGAGCAGAAGGCCCGCGUGAUCGCGCAUCUCGGCGAGCAUAUGGCGGACGGCGCUGCCCUCGUCGUGCGGAGUGCGCACGGAGCCCGCGGCUUCCUGUGCCCCGUUGUGGAGCCCGCGGACGUCUGGCGGGGCGGGUUCCAAGUUUUGGCCGUGCACCACCCCGACGACGACCUGGUGAUCAACUCUAUCAUCGUCGCCCGUAAGGUAGCUGGUGGAAGCCACGAGCUCGCGCCGGCGGUGGCGAGUUCGCCGUGCAAGUGCUGCGAGGUGGAGACGCCACGCAGGAGAUUGCCGCCAACGAGCUGUCAUCUUGACGCCAUGGACGAAAUCCGGAGGCGUGCAUGGUGA